AUGGACGAGAUCCACGUCUCGUGGCAGGGCGCGGAGAAGCCAGCACCGUGCGACUUAUCGGGUCUCUUGUCGGUGAGGCGUCAAGUCGUCGAGAGAGCGCUUAUCUGGUUGAAGAAGAAUAACCCCCAUUACGCCGAUAUUGAGAUUGAUAGGGCGGAAAUGGAUAGCUGGGGAACACCAUCACACGGUGUGCCGCGGGUGGUCUACGACCGCAUGGAGCGGAACGAGCCGUCUGCGUGGGAGAAGACGCGAACGGCGCAGGUCGUGCCGCCCGCAGAGCGGGCCAUGGACGACGAUAGUCCGGCGGAGAUCGAAGGAGUCCUCGCCCAGCUCCUCCAAGGACAAGACGUAUUGGACAGGGGGAGUCGAGAAUCCGAGGAGUGGAGCGGACGGGACUGA